AUGGUCGUGUACACUGGGGGAGAAAGCACUACGAUAAAAUCUCCUCGUCAUCUUCCCCUUCGCCAUGCCCUCCGUAAGGCAGAGCAACAAUCAUCGAGUGAGGAUGAUCCAAAAAGUACGCAUCUCAAUCCUGGAGAAGAAGAGCUACAUUCCUUUUGGGCACCAAGCCUUCCUGCUGGUCCCUCUUACAGAGUCCAAGUCAACCAGACAGUAAAGUCACCAGAGGAACAACAGCCGCUUCAGCUCAAGGGUGCCAAGGAGUUUGUCGUCGAGACCCCUCGUUUCACUUUGGCAGCUGGAUCGAUUUAUUCUAUCUAUCCGCCAUCAGGGUACAGCGAAGACCAUCGCAUUCUACCUCACGUUGUUCUCAGCGAUCCGUUCUUGCCAUGGGAGCGACAAGGCAGUUCGAGAACUCCAGCCUCGUCAGCGAUGAGAUCUCGCGUUCCUUGGCUGGCGCUGAUGGUGUUCACCCAGGAUGAACUGCGACUGUCUCCAGGCGAGGUGGUCAGUGAUAUAGUGGACCUGUCUAAAAAGCAGUCCAAAUCAACACUUGCUACUCGAAUGAGCGUGAAUGAACUACGGUCUGUCAAAGAGAAUGUAGCUCUUCCUUACCAAGAGUUUGAUUUAUCAGGCGAGAAUACCACAGCCGAUUUUAUUUUCCUUCCCAAAACUCUCUUCUCACACAUAUUCCCGGUCGCCACGGAGAAAUCAGGCCGCCAAACGCAUGACAUAUCCUCUUACCAGUAUCUUUCUCACGUGCGGAAGGUGAACACCACCGGAAUGGCAGUGGCGGGCCAAGAAGAUACCGGCAUCUUCUCCAUUAUUGUUUCCCCUCGAUGCGGACCAAUUGAGCCAUUACAGCCCACGACAGUUUCGGUUCAUCUGGUCUCUAUCGAAGGAAUUGAAGAUAAUAUUCCGUUUCCCAUCCCAGAUAACAAGCAACGCGUUGCCCUUUGCUCACUGCAUAGUUGGAAUUACUCUAUACGGCCACCUGGCACGCGAACCAUUCAGGAUUCCUUCCAGCAUCUGGGCGAAAAACUGGGUGUCCUUCGACCUCCACCUCGGAUUAUCGACAGUUUUCAGGGGUCAGAUGAAUUGACCGGCCGGUUGGCCAAAAGACUUCAAGAUGGGUAUUCAUUAGUUAGGUACCGAGCCCAAACAGGGGAAACAACUGUUGCCUUUUUCCGAAGCCCCUUCGCUCCAACUGUUGUGCCUCGAGAGACCCAGCACGAUAACACCUUUGAUGCGGAUUUUGCGCACUGCUCCAACUCGGGUCAGGAUUUGCAGAUUCUCGAUCCCCAAGUUGGAAUCAUGGAUAUUACGUACUCUGUCGCUUGGCAGGUCGGCCGCAUGCUGGCCCUGGGUGAUCAGGCGUUUACUACGGCCUUACUACGUAUCCGUAGCUCGAUUUACGAUGAGACAAUGAAAGAAUGCAAAAGAUUGGCGCUCGCCGAGGACGAAGGUGUCAAUGUGUUGAGCCGAGGUCAGCUUCUCGGUGCUCUGCGUCACAUUCCAGAGCAAUUGGGUGAGAUAACGUCGGAAAGGGAAGAGAUUGACCGAUCGAACCGAUGGCUUCGACGGCACUGGAGAGGAGGAGUUGCCUUAGGUUAUACCGCACGUGGAAUCCGCAAGAGAUAUCUGGACAUCGCAGUCAAGGUAGCACAAAAGCUGGCCAAAUCCACUGAUGACCAGAUCUACAACGAGACCAACGAACCAGUCUCAACAGACUGGAUGAUCGUGUUGAGUUGGGUCAUGGACCGACUGUUCCUACACGGGGUGCCAGCACACUACCUCAUUACUGACCCUAGCCACCUUGAACCAGAACGAUUGAAAUUCUUCCAUAUUGACCCCAACUGGACGGAUGCUAUGAUUGAUGGUGCUUUGAGCCUAGGUAAUCAUCGAGGAGAGGAUCGUGAUCGGGUAGCGAUCAAAUACGCCUUGAACGAAUAUAUAUCCACACCCCAAGCUCCUCUAUCGCACACCCCCCAAAUCCCCACAUAUGGUUUUUAUCUCCGGUCAGAUGUGGUUUCUGGAUUUCCGGAUCUCAGGGUUACCACUUUACCUGAACCAACUGAGCGUGCCCCUCUGCUGCGCCACGAGCUUGUCGCUGACGGCGUCAUGUUGGGCCUGUUAGAUCGUGUCCCAGGAUCGCGUGAUUUGACAGAGCUCGUCUUCACGCAACCGGCCCAUCAACAGCGUUUUGUGGCUGGGUCAUCACUGACCCAAGCCGAGUUGAAAGUCCAUAUCAGAAGACAGUACACGGUGGGCCGGGAUGAGCGCCAAAGUGAUCCGGCAAAAGAUACCUUGAUUGAUACAAGUCCAGUUCACCCGGCUGACCCUAGCCCUAUAUUCGUUUGGGGUACGAAGCCUGACACCGAUGAUCUUCGCAUUCUCCAAGUGUCUCGAUAUGCAAGAUUUCAGCUCGAGACAUUGAAGAAGGAAAUGGGCCAGUUCAGCAGAGAUGGGCAGGAAACAAAUUUUUUCAAUGACGACACCCCGACAUCUGCUUUACUUGCCUUGCAACUUAGCGAUCCGAUAUAUGAAUUUCAUAUCAUUUUGGAUAACGUCUUUUCCGAGGAUAACUCUGGUAAUACACAUGAUCCAGGACCGCGAGUCCUGCAGCGGACAAUUCCUUCUGAGGUUAGCCCUGCAAGCCUGCCAUCUAUCCCAGAGCCGGAGCCUGGAGCAGAAUCCACCGAAUACGCCAGAUGGCAAUCAACCGCGCCACCAGAAGUUACGUCUACACCAGUUAUGUCGAUACCACUCACCUCUCAAGCCGUCGCAGUCUCACCACCAUCCCCAGAUAUCCCGUUCUCUACCCCACAAUCUUACACAUCACACCAAAUCCCUCGCGCGUUGGGUGUCGUACCCGCCAGUCAUCCUCAAUACAAAUGCAACAUCACCAGCGUAGGUUCCGACACAAUCAACGUGACCCAAGAAAACCUACCCCAGAGCCUAAUAUUCUCAAUUCAAGUCCUAAACAACUACAGCCCAGAUUACAAAAUUCAAGCAUUCGACAUCUGGCUCCCACUGGGCGAGGUCGAUCCGUACAGUCCCAAACUUCUCAAAACCUACCAGGGCCCACGGCCUACCAUGCUGAGUAACCUGCGGUUCAAUGUAAUUCACAGGUUUCCCAGGCUGGAUGACAAACUACAUUUGCAGCUCACUGCCAUGCCACGCAGUAUGAAGAGGUUUGUCCCGGCGAAUAUGGUUUCCGAGAUGAGUUUUGUGUUGGGUUUGGUAAGAGUGAAUAAGUUUGCUUCACCAGAAACGCGGUUUCGGGUCAGGACGCAGGUGCGCUAUCGGUUGGAUCGGAUACCUACUUUCGAUGGGUAUAUUGAUGUUGUUCUUAAGAAUGUAUAA